GAAUUCUUGAAAUUUUUAGCUGAUUUUCUUGAGUGGGGUUCAUAAAGGUUUGAAGUUUCACUUGUUCUUUGUAUUUAGGCAUAAUACAUAAACAAGCCCUCAAACAUAGCCUUAGCUGGCAAGUAUGCCCUCCAAUUUUGGGUGUGCACUAGUAGACACCUCAACUUGUCUCCACUUUGUCAGUUGAACACUCCAACUUACAAAAUGAUCAUCUAGACUCCUCCAAAACUUAUGUGUCACGUCAGCAUUUGUGUUCACGUGUUCAACUUUGUACAAGUUGAGGUGCCUACUUGUGCACAGUUGGAGGGCAUACUUGCCAGCUGAGGCCAAGUUUGAGGGCUUGUUUAUGUAUUAUGCCUUGUUUUUAAUGUGUAGUUCUUUAACAGAGCUGCAUUUUCAAUGGCGUAACUGAAAUUAUGUUGUAUGCAUUGUAUCCUUGAGCCUUGUGUAUAUCCUUAAUUUAUAUAUUGUUCUCUGUAAAUCCCAUCAAUUUGUUUGAAUUCUGGCCAUUUCUAACUACUUUAGCUUCUAUUUAUUUAUUUAUUUAUUUAUUUUUUAAUAUUUUCUAGGUGGUUUUAAGUAUUCAUGCAUUAGUAGUGAAGUAAGGAUUUGAUACUGAAGCUAUGCAAAAGGAUAGUAAUUCUGGUGCCCCAGGAACACCACGGCUACGUCGUCGAAGAGGAUCAAAUGAGGUUCCUGGGGAGGUUGUCAAAGCAAAUGGAGCUCAUUUGCUUGUUGACGAUAGGAGCAAAUAUAGGUCAAUGUUGAUCCGUCUAUAUUCAACUCUCUGGAUGAUUGGUGGUUUUGCUUUCAUCAUUUACAUGGGACAUCUUUAUAUAUGGGCCAUGAUAGUAGUUAUACAAAUCUUUAUGGCAAAGGAGUUGUUCAAUCUACUAAGGAAAGCGCACGAAGACAAGCAACUUCCUGGUUUCAGGCUAUUAAAUUGGCACUUUUUCUUAACAGCAAUGCUGUAUGUAUAUGGACGCAUCCUAAGCCAGAGGCUUGUCAACACGGUUACUUCAGACAAAUUUUUAUACAAGCUUGUUAGCAAAUUUAUCAAGUAUCACAUGGUCACGUGUUAUUUCUUGUAUAUUGCAGGUUUUAUGUGGUUCAUUCUGACACUGAAGAAGAGGAGGUACAAAUAUCAAUUUGGCCAGUACGCUUGGACCCAUAUGAUUCUGAUUGUGGUGUUUACUCAGUCCUCUUUCACAGUAGCCAAUAUUUUCGAGGGAAUUUUCUGGUUCCUUCUUCCAGCAUCGCUCAUUGUCAUCAAUGACAUAGCUGCUUAUUUAUUUGGAUUCUUCUUUGGAAAAACUCCUUUGAUCAAGUUGUCUCCGAAGAAAACUUGGGAGGGAUUUAUUGGAGCUUCAGUAACAACCAUUAUCUCCGCAUUUCUGCUUGCCAAUAUAUUUGGUCGCUUCAAAUGGCUAACAUGCCCUAGGAAGGAUUUAUCAACUGGGUGGCUUGAUUGUGAUCCUGAUCCACUGUUUAAACCAGAUUAUUUUACUGUCCCAGAGUGGUUUCCUGCAUGGUUUCCUUGGAGAGAGAUCUCUGUUUUGCCUGUGCAAUGGCAUGCCGUGUGGCUUGGCUUGUUUGCAUCGAUCAUAGCGCCUUUUGGAGGCUUUUUUGCUAGUGGCUUUAAGAGGGCCUUCAAGAUCAAGGAUUUUGGUGAUAGUAUACCUGGACAUGGUGGCAUGACAGAUAGAAUGGAUUGUCAGAUGGUGAUGGCUGUUUUCGCAUAUAUCUAUCAUCAGUCUUUUGUGGCGCCUCAGAACUUGUCAGUUGAGAUGAUCUUGGAUCAGAUAAUAAUGAACCUGACCUUUGAGGAGCAGCAAGUUCUGUACUUGAAACUUGGGCAGAUCAUCCAGGACAAGAUGUUUGGAGAAUCUUGAGCACAUCAGAUAAGCUUGUAUGAUUAUUAUAGCUUUUAGAUAAUCAUAUCUUGUAUAUGUGUUUUUUUGCUUUUCUGAAUCUUUUUUUUGUUAGCGUAGCUGCUGUCGACUUUUUGCACAUUGUACAGUGCUGUCACCCUCCUCCUCCCCUCCCUCUCUGUUUUGUAUUUUUUGUUUUUUCUCAUUAUAUUCUUUAGUAGUUAAGUGCAUCCCUACUGUAUUGACAAAUUAUAAGCUAUGAAACUGCAAAAGCUAGAUAGUGUUAUGACAUAUACUUGAGACUUGUAACUGAUUGAUUGAAAAGAUGCAUACAGUUCACAA